AUGGAAGCCAUGGCGAUCGACAAUGCAGGCGACACUUCCGUGUCUCCCCUCCCAUCUUCCUCCAAUGCACCUAACCUCGACGGCAUCCUCCUCCUCGAAGCGCCCUUUGCCAAAGUCCCCUUCGACGAGCUUCGUCGCCAGCAAAAGACCCAACAACGUCUCAUCGAGCGCGAGCUCGUCUUUGCCAGCACCACAUUCAACGACCUCUCCCGCACCUCCUCCUCCUCCAGUAGCGCAGCGGACGUAGAAAAGUCUCUCGAUGCGGUCCUCGGUCGACUCAAGGGGUUGAAGCGCAAGCUCGCCCCUCUAUCCGACGCAGCCAAGUCGUCACUCAAAAUGGCCCAGUCCCGAACGGACCACCUUUCGCAAUUGCACUCGAUCACCGACGCCGACUCACCCGAUUUUGUCGAAUGGAGCAAGACGCGGCUGGACCGCAUGAUUGUCGACUACAUGCUGCGACGGGGCUAUCGAGAGAGCGCCAAGGAGAUGGCGCAGACGCGCGGGAUCGGCGACCUGGUCGAUGUCGCGCUCUUCGACGAGGUUGCGCGGAUAGAAGACUCGCUCUGUCCACCCGGAUGGGAAGGUUCUGAAGGGGAAGGAGUGAAGCCGAGUUGCGGGCUGGCAUUGGCUUGGUGCAGCGAGAACAAGGCGACGUUGCGAAAGAUCCGCACGCCGUUGGAGUUCAACUUGCGAUUACAGGAGUUUGUCGAGUUGACGAGGACCAGGUCGAUGGAGAGCAUGAAGGAUGCCAUUGCCUACGCGCGACGCCACCUCCUGCCGCUCGUCACCACGCCAACUCCCACGACAGCUGCGACCAAACCCACAUCCACCGCAGGAACGGCGCCGACGCAAGCGGAAAAGGAAGCAGAGUACGACCGUCUCGCGGCCUCCGCGAUGCGCCGGGAAGUCUCUCGUGCUCUCGGUCUCCUCGCCUGCGGUCCCACAUCUUGGGCCUACGCAGACCUCUACAGUCUCCACCGAUGGAGUCAGCUCCGGGACAGCUUCCGCACCUGUGCCCUCUCCAUCCAUUCCUUACCCCCGCAACCCAUCUUGCACAUCGCCCUCUCCGCCGGCCUGUCGAGUCUCAAGCUCCCGCAGUGCUACCAUUCGGAUGGCGCGAAUACCGACUGCCCCAUCUGCGAUGGUGAAGGAUUAGGUGUGUUGGCGAAAGAAGUGCCCUGGAGCCACCAUCAGAAUAGCACGCUGGUGUGCAGUAGGAGUGGCAAACUGAUGGAUGGUGAUGAUCCACCAUUGGCCUUGGGCAAUGGGAGGGUCUAUGCGCAAAGUACGGUGUUGGAGCUUGUUGAAGAGGGAGAGGGGGAGAGGGGAGUGAGGUGUCCGAGAACGGGAGAGAUGUGUAGGGUGGAGGACGUGAGGAAGGUGUUCAUUUCGUAG